CAGCGGGUGCCGCGCGGCCGUGCCGGCCGACAGCUGCGGCUCUGCGACCCAAGCGGUGGCCAGGGAUGCCGGGGCCGGCUCCCCCCACCAGUAGCUGUGGCUGGUGGUGACAAUGUCCAAUAACGGCCUAGACAUUCAAGAUAAGCCCCCCGCCCCUCCGAUGAGAAACACCAGCACGAUGAUUGGAGCUGGAAGCAAAGAUGCUGGAACCCUAAACCACGGUUCUAAACCGCUGCCUCCCAACCCCGAGGAGAAGAAAAAGAAGGACCGCUUUUACCGAUCCAUCCUCCCUGGAGACAAAACCAAUAAGAAGAAGGAGAAGGAGCGGCCAGAGAUUUCUCUUCCUUCGGAUUUUGAGCACACGAUUCACGUCGGCUUCGACGCGGUCACAGGGGAGUUCACGGGGAUGCCCGAGCAGUGGGCCCGCUUGCUUCAGACGUCAAAUAUCACGAAGUUGGAGCAGAAGAAAAACCCGCAGGCUGUUCUAGAUGUGUUGGAGUUCUACAACUCAAAGAAGACUUCCAAUAGCCAGAAGUACAUGAGCUUCACAGAUAAAUUAGCCGAGGACUAUAAUUCUUCCAACACGCUGAACGUGAAGGCUGUGUCUGAGACGCCUGCCGUGCCACCCGUUUCAGAAGAUGAAGAUGAUGAUGAUGACGCUGCCCCUCCCCCUGUGAUUGCUCCACGCCCAGAGCAUACAAAAUCCGUAUACACACGGUCCGUGAUUGACCCCAUCCCUGUCACUCCAACUCGGGAUGCGGCCACAUCUCCCAUCUCACCCACUGAGAACACCACCACUCCGCCGGAGGCGCUGACCCGGAACACCGAGAAGCAGAAGAAGAAGCCCAAGAUGUCUGACGAGGAGAUCUUGGAGAAAUUACGUAGCAUAGUGAGUGUGGGCGACCCUAAGAAGAAAUACACACGCUUUGAGAAGAUCGGGCAAGGGGCUUCGGGGACCGUGUACACCGCCAUGGACGUGGCCACGGGACAGGAGGUGGCCAUCAAGCAGAUGAACCUUCAGCAGCAGCCAAAGAAAGAGCUGAUUAUUAAUGAGAUCCUGGUCAUGAGGGAAAACAAGAACCCCAAUAUCGUGAACUACCUGGACAGUUACCUCGUGGGAGAUGAACUGUGGGUCGUCAUGGAGUACUUGGCUGGAGGAUCUCUGACAGAUGUAGUGACAGAGACCUGCAUGGAUGAAGGCCAGAUUGCAGCUGUGUGCCGGGAGUGUCUGCAAGCCCUAGAGUUUCUGCAUUCAAACCAGGUCAUUCACAGAGACAUCAAGAGUGACAACAUCUUGUUGGGAAUGGAUGGCUCCGUCAAGCUAACUGAUUUUGGGUUCUGUGCCCAGAUCACCCCAGAGCAGAGCAAACGAAGCACCAUGGUGGGAACCCCAUACUGGAUGGCUCCAGAGGUGGUGACGAGAAAGGCCUAUGGGCCCAAGGUGGACAUCUGGUCUCUGGGCAUCAUGGCCAUUGAAAUGAUCGAAGGGGAGCCCCCAUACCUCAAUGAAAACCCUCUGAGAGCAUUGUACCUCAUUGCCACCAAUGGGACCCCAGAGCUUCAGAACCCCGAGAAGCUGUCUGCUAUCUUCCGGGAUUUCCUGAACCGCUGUCUCGAGAUGGAUGUGGAGAAGAGGGGUUCUGCUAAAGAGCUGCUCCAGCAUCAGUUCCUGAAGAUUGCCAAGCCCCUGUCCAGCCUGACCCCACUGAUUGCUGCAGCAAAGGAGGCCACCAAGAACAGUCACUAAGGCCAUGCUCACCCCAGCCCCAUUGUGCCAAGCCUCCUGUGAAAUCAAUGCUCAUUUCAGAAAUUCCCGCCCCAGUGCCCUCGCCGCCUUGACUCAAUACCUCCCCCUCCCGUUUUCUGGUCUAGAGAUCUCCAGAAUUGGUCUUUGGAAACCACGUGCCCAGCAUUGACG